AUGACGCUGGCUUCUCAGUGGGAAAAGUUGCGUAACGGUCCACUGGGUGGUGCGUGGGAGGGUGCUUUCGUCUGCAUCUACGCCCUGGCCAUGUUCAUUGGAGAUACGACAGCUCUGUCUAAAACCACCUGGGCAUCUGUGAUCACUGGCUUGCCAGCUGAAGUGGUGCAAGCCGAACUAGAUCGCUUCCAUGGCCAACAGGACGUUGAUGGUGAGAAGGGCAUGACGACGGCACUGACCCAAAUCAGCAUCAGUCACGUGGACCACGCUUCGGUGGGCAUCACUGGUCCUCCAGCUCACCUCACCCAGCUCUUUCGACAAUCAAAGACCCUCGGCUCCUCUCGACACGCCGCACUGCCAAUCUCGGGCGGUCUCUGUCACGUUCCCAAUGUGUACGAUGCCGAAGACCCUCUGCUUUCUCCAUAUACGGGGACCGCCUUUCCGGCCAAGGAUGCUUGCCAUUUGAUCGAGGCUAUAUGCACCGAAGCUCUUACCAAGCCACUGUUCUUUGACAAGCUCACUGAGGGAGCAGUAGCACAUAUUUUGCCUGAGCUCAAUAUUCACGCGGAGCCAUCGUGCCAGAUACUUCAUUACCGAACAUCCCUCCUUCCAGAUACCAUCAUAUCGGCUGUCGUGGAAAAUCUUCCGCCUUCUACUGUCGUGCAACGUCAAGACCUCGUCGACUGGGCGAUGCAAGAUGAAUCUGUGACCGAUCAACAUUGUGGGAACCCAGGCCUGCCACAAGAUUCUAAGCUGGCAAUCGUUGGCAUGGCAUGUCGUAUGCCGGGGGACGCUGAUACACCUGAGCAAUUCUGGCAGCUUCUAGUCGAGGGCCGUGAUACCCACACUCGAGUGCCCCCGGAUAGGUUUGAUCUCCAGGCGCAUUUCGACCCGAGUGGAGAGACGGAGAACGCUGUGGGGACACAGUUUGGCAACUUCAUAUCAAAUCCCGGACACUUUGAUGCCGGCUUCUUCAACAUGUCCCCUCGUGAGGCCCAACAAACAGAUCCCAUGCAACGUCUAGCACUCGUGACAGCUUACGAAGCGCUGGAGAUGGCCGGUUUCGUUCCCAAUCGGACGCCAUCCUCUCAUACCUCGCGAGUCGGGACCUACUAUGGCCAGGCUAGCGAUGACUACCGCGAGGUGAAUGCAAGCCAGAAGAUUGGCACAUAUGGGAUUCCCGGUACCGAGAGGGCCUUCGGCAACGGUCGGAUCAACUAUUUUUUCAACUUCCAAGGACCGAGUUUGAACAUCGACACAGCUUGCUCGAGCGGCUUGGCAGCAGUCCACACGGCCUGUUCGGCACUAUGGGCUGGUGAUGCGGAUACUGUGGUGGCCGGCGGCCUAAAUAUCAUCACAGGCCAGUGCAAAGUAUGGGACGCUGCCGCCGAUGGCUACUGUCGUGGAGAUGGCGUUGGUUCCGUCGUUAUCAAGCGGCUCGAGGACGCCUUGGCGGACAAUGACGUUGUUCUCGGUACUAUUGUAGCCGGUGCUACGAAUCACUCAUCUGACAGCGUUUCCAUUACUCAGCCACAUGCUGGUGCUCAGAUGGACAACUACCGUCAGGUGCUGGACAAGGCAGGUGUCAAGGCUCUUGACGUCAGCUUUGUAGAACUUCACGGGACCGGGACUCAAGUAGGGGAUGCAGUCGAAUCGGAGUCGGUACUCGGUUUCUUUGCACCUCUAGGCCAACGCCAGCACCCCGAGCAACGUCUUCACCUGGGUGCCGUCAAGUCCAACAUUGGACAUGGCGAAGCUGCUGCGGGUAUUGCUUCUUUGAUCAAAGUGCUUCUGAUGUACCGCCACGGGAUUAUUCCACGCCACAUCGGGAUUCAGACGAUGCUGAACCCCGUUGUGGCCCAGCAUUUGGCCCAUCGAAAUGCCAAUGUUCUCUCCGAAAAUACUCCCUGGGUGUUUAAAACAGAUGCCAGUGGUGGCGCGAAGAAACGGUAUUCCAUCGUAAACAGCUUUGGCGCCCACGGCGGCAACACGACGCUCCUUCUCGAAGAUGCACCGCCAUCGACACCAGCCGAAAAGGAGGAAGGAGAUGAGUGGAAAGGAAGGACGCCGGCCUGCGAGGUCGUCUGUAUCUCCGCCAAGAGCAAGGCCUCACUUCGCGGUAAUGUCAGCGGCCUGCUCCGCUAUCUCGAAGCGCACCCAGAGACCAGGCUCAAGGAUGUUGCUUAUACGACGUGUGCCCGCCGGAUGCACCAUCAUAUCCGCAUCGCCGCAUCCGUCUCAAGCACCGCACAACUUGGAGAAUUUCUGCGAGCGGCUAGCAAUGAUCUGGAUUCUCAUGCAAAACUUGUCUCGAGGGCCGUAUCCAACGUCGUCGUUUUUGCCUUCUCCGGACAAGGCUGCUUCUAUCGAGGGGCUGGGGCGGCCUUGUUCGAUAGAGCGCCCGAAUUUCGCGAGAUUGUCCUCCAGCUCGACCGUGUCGUCCGCCAGCUGGGCUUCCCAUCGGUUCUUCCUGCCACAACCAAUAUCGAACGUGAUACCUCCAGCUCCUCGCGCACCUCUUCCCCAAGCAAUCUCAGCGACAAGGAUUUUGCGACUGUACAAUCGAUUGACAGCAGUAUAGACAGCACAGCCUCUGGCUGGGAAGCCUCUGAGAGCCCGUUGGUUACCCAACUCGCUCUGGUGGUCCUCCAGAUUGCCUUAGCACAAUACUGGCAACUUAUGGGCAUCACGCCUGGCAUCGUCAUUGGGCACAGCCUGGGUGAAUAUGCUGCACUGUGCACGGCUGGCGUUUUGUCUGUGGCAGACACUCUCUUCCUUGUAGGCAAGCGGGCCGAGCUCAUGGUGGCCGCAUGCGAGCCUGGGAGCCAUGUCAUGAUGUCCGUUCGUGGAGCCUCGGCCGACCGCAUCGCCCAAUUAUGUCAGGGAUGUGAGAACACGUUCCAUUACGAGGUCUCGUGCAUCAAUGGCCGAGAGGACACUGUCAUCAGCGGUACCCAAGACGACAUGUACGCUCUCCGUGACAUACUGCAGGCAGCACCUGGCCUUAAGUGCGUCCUGCUCGAUGUACCAUUUGCUUUCCAUUCUGCCCAGAUGGACCCUAUCCUCGAUAACUUUGAAACCGCCGCUCUCCGUGUCACGUUCAAAGCACCCAAGAUUCCUGUCAUCUCACCGCUCCUUGGGCAAUCUGUGGCCAAGGAGAAAAUCAUCGAUGGGGUCUAUUUGCGACGGGCCACUCGCGAGACGGUCGAUUUCGUGUCUGCAAUCAACGCAUCUGAGACAGAAGGUCUUAUUGACAGCAGUGCCGUAUGGAUUGAUAUAGGACCACACCCAGUGUGUACCUCCUUUGUUCGGAACUGUCAGGAGAAGAGCGGACCUGUCCAGGCGUUUCCGUCGUUGCGGAAGGCCGACGAUGCUCUGUCGGCCUGGAGUGGAAGUUUGGCAGCACUUCACUGCCUAGGCCUCCCCAUUGCUUGGAAUGAGUACUUUGCGCGUAGCGAAAAGUCGCAUCGAUUGCUUUCCCUUGAAUCGUACCAUUGGAAUCAGAAGAACUACUGGAUCCCCUACGAAGGCGCGUGGACUCUUGACAAGGCGAACCCAGCGCUUGCUGCAGGACACAAGACAAGCAAUCACGGCUCGAGAAAACCGACUUUCCUUACUUCAUCUACGCAGCAGGUCGAUUUUAAGGAUGUAGGGGAGCAGAUGGCACGCAUGACCGUCGUUUCCGACAUAUUCCACCCCGAUCUGCUUGGAGCAGCGGCUGGGCACAAGAUCAAUGGACGGAGUGUAUUGACUGCGAGCAUCUGGGCCGAUAUCUGUCUAACUGUUGCCGAGAAUCUUUAUAGACGACUGGCACCAGACGCCGGUAGACUUUACAUGGACGUGAGAGAGAUGGAGGUCGUCGAGGCUCAAGUCGUGUCCGAUGAAGACCCAUCACCCGGGUCUACACCAGUGCAGUUCAUUCGCGUGGAAGCACUGCUAGACAUGUCUCGAGGCCAAACGCAAGUGAGCUUCUACUCUGCCAACCCCGACGGGACACGCAAGACGGACCAGGCCUUCGCGACGUCGGUAGUCUGCUACGAAGACCUGAAGACCUGGCAGGCCGAGUGGCAGAUGGCCUCAUACCUUGUCGCCUCGCGUAUCGAUGCCGUGUGGAAUGCGACGUCCGACCGCCAAGUCCUGUCGCGAGCGAGCCGCGAACGAGUGAGCGUACUGUCUCAGGGCGCGGCGUAUCACCUUUUUGCAAACAUUGUCGAUUACGGAGUUCGAUACCGCGGCAUGCACCGUGUAGCCCUGAUCGAGGACGCGUUGGAAGCCACGGCAGACGUGGUGCUAAAUGCAGACCGCCACGGCACUUGGAAUACACCUCCCCACUGGAUAGACGGCGCCUUCCAACUGGCCGGAUUUAUCAUGAAUUCGUUCGGCGUGCAUAAUGUCGACGGCUAUGAUGACCCUCCGGUCGCCGGCUCGUCUCGGGACUUCUUCUACAUCACACCGGGAUGGCGGCACCUGCGCAUGGCAGAACCGCUCGAGCCAGGUCCCGACGUUAUGUAUCGCAACUACGUCCGCAUGUCGCCCAUCGAUGGCGAAACAGGAGCAUAUUCGGGCGACAUCUAUCUUCUGAGGGGCGCGAAAAUCGUGGGUGUCUGUGCAGGCAUCAAAUUCAAGCGUGUCCCCCGGGCCUUGAUGCCAAUCAUGUUUCCUCAACGCCAAAAGAAAAAAAGCGGACUUCCUAGGCAUGUUCCAGAUCAAGACCUCGUUUCUUCUGGCUUCGACAAUGCAAGGCCAUCCGUUGCAGCCAUCUCCGUUCCGCAGCAAAAAGGCCAGGUGCCCGUGACAGAGCUCCUUGCUGCAUCGACCUCCAUAGAAGCUAGCCAGUCGAAAACAACGGAAGGCGGACAAUUACCCCAUGUAGCCGCCUGCAUUCAACUCAUCGCGAAUGAGACGGGACUGGACACGGACGAUAUUUCAGCCGAAGCCGCAUUUGCCGAACUGGGUGUCGAUUCCUUGAUGUCUCUUACACUUGCGGCUAAGAUCCAGACCGAGCUAGGUAUCUCGGUAAAGGCGUCGGUCUUUCUCGAAUGCCCCACCGUCAAGGACUUGGAGAAAUGGUUGACGAAGCAUGGCCCUCAAUAG